AUGUGUGGUACAAUUCAAGAAGAGAGUAGAAUAGUUUCAAGUUUAAACUUUGUGGAGGACAAUGGAAAUUCGCAAUUGACAGGUCAGAUGAUAAGAAUGUCUGACACUUACAACAAGGUUGGAAAGGUGUUUAUAGCAUCAAACAACUUUUAUGUAAGGAAUACCAUUACCUCUGUUUGUACUUCUCUGGGUUUGAGAUCUGAUUACUCUGAAGCUGCUUUUAGAUGGAUAGGGAGAGUUUAUAUGAAGAUAUCUCAAUUGCUCAAUCUUAAAAUGCCAAUCCUAGAUCCGUCCCUCUAUCUUCCGAGAUUUGUUAGCAAAUUAAAACUCGGGAAUGAGGCUUUGAACCUUUCUAUGAGGAUCAUUAGUAGAAUGAAGAGAGAUUGGAUUGUGGUGGGAAGAAGGCCCAAUAACUUGUGUGGAGCUGCUUUAGUUCUGUCAAGUAGAAUAUUAAAGGAUGAGAGAGGUAUUUCAGACGUAGCUAGAGUGGUACAUGUAAGCAUUAACACCAUAAACAAGAGACUUAAAGAGAUGGGCGAAACAGAAAGUGCCAAUCUUACUUUAAAUGAUUUUAAUGUUGUUUGGCUGGAAAGAGAGUGUGAUCCACCCAUUUUGAAGAUAAAUUCGCUUAAAAUAGGCACUCCACCACCUAGCAUUAAUGACCAUUUGGAAGAAGGUGUUUUAACACCAGAAGAGGAUGAAAUGCUCCAUCUUCCAGUAGAUAUGAAAGGGAUAGUCACACCUUCGACUUCUUCUCGCAAAGAAGAGGAUACUUUCCCACUCUCGUUGGAGGAAGAGAGUGAAUUAGGUGAGUAUAUUCUGAGCAGGGAUGAAUAUGAAAAAAAGGAAAUUCUUUGGGAUGAGAUGUAUGGAGACUAUUUAAAGGAUAAGGAGAACAGAGUGACUAUACCACGCAAGCCACAAACUAAGAAAAGAAGGAAGGAAUUCAACACGGUAGAAGAUGCUCUUAGGAGUGUUGUAAAAGAGAAAUCAACCAAAAUAAAUUACGGUCUAAUUGAGAACCUCUUCUCCUAG